GACCGACCCCCCCAACACACACACGCACACCCCACCCUCGCUCACCCCAUGGGACUAUCCACUCAGUCUGCACUGAAGCAGCCCAGUGACCAGGAGUUGGGAGCAGGUCCGGGCUGACGUCGCCUCCCAGAUGGCCUCCAGGCUGACCCCGCUGACCCUCCUGCUGCUGUUGCUGCUGGCUGGGGGGCGAACCUCCUCAAAUCUGAAUGGUACCAACCACAGCCCUGCAGAUCCAGAGAGCCUGCCAGAGGAAGGCAAAGGAAAAAUCUCAAAGGAAGAAAUCCCCAAGAAUGAACCCAUUGAUGACACCAGGGGCGAAAGAAACAUCUUAGAGAAAGAGAUCCUCGAGAAACAAUCCAUUCAACACACCACAGCCUCUCCUCCGAUGCCAACAACCAACUCAGAAAUCCUAAGAGCCAACAGUACUUUGCAAAGCACCUCUCAGCCCCUCACCGAGUCAACCACUGAACCUACCCUCCCAACUACCCAGCCCACCCCUGGGCCCCUCUGCCCGGAGCCUGACACUUACUGUCCUGACUUGGAGAAUCCAUCAGCAAGGGACGCGUUGGAGGACUCUUUGAUAGAUUUCUCCGUGAAGCUCUACCAUGCCUUCUCAUUAGUAAAGAACCCUGAGACCAAUAUGGUCUUCUCACCUUUCAGCAUCGCCAGCCUGCUCACACAGGUCCUGCUUGGGGCUGGGAACAACACCAAGAAAAACUUGGAGACUCUCCUUUCCUACCCCGAGAACUUUACCUGCGUCCACGAGGCCCUGAAGGCCUACACGUCCAAAGGCUUCACUUCAGCCUCUCAGAUCUUCCACAGCCCAGACCUGGCCAUAAAGGACGCCUUUGUGAAAGCCUCUCAGAACGUGUAUGGCAGCCCCAGACUCCUGGGAAAUGACAGCGAUGCCAACUUGGAACUCAUCAACACCUGGGUGUCGGAGAAGACCAACCACAACAUCAAGCAGCUGCUAGACAGCCUACCCUCCGACACCCGCCUGAUCUUCCUCAAUGCUAUCAACCUAAGUGCUAAGUGGAAGACAACAUUUGAUUACAGAAAAACCAAGAAGGAGCCCUUUCACUUAAAAUCCUCUGUGAUAAAAGUGCCCAUGAUGAUGAGCAAGAAGUACCCGGUGGCCCAUUUCACUGACCCGAUGCUGAAGGCCAAGGUGGGGCAACUGCAGCUCUCCCACAACCUGAGUAUGGUGAUCCUGAUACCCCAGACCAUGAAACACAGUCUCAAUGACAUGGAGCAGUCUCUCAGCACCUCUGUCUUAAAGGGCAUCAUGAAGAAGCUAGAGAUGUCCAAGGUCCAGCCCACUUUUGUGUCGCUGCCCCGAUUCAAACUCAAGAGCAACCAGGACAUGCUGACAAUCAUGGAGAACCUGGAAUUCUAUGACUUUUCCUAUGACCUCAACCUGUGCAGACUGACAGAGGACCUCAACCUCCAGGUUUCUGCAAUGCGGCAUCAAGCGGUGUUGGAGCUGACAGAGACCGGGGUGGAGGCGGCUGCGGCCUCGGCUGUCUCGGUGGCACGCUCUUUGCUGGUCUUCGAAGUGCAGCAGCCCUUCCUCUUCCUGCUCUGGGACCAGCAGCACAGGUUCCCCAUCUUCAUGGGGCGGGUGUAUGACCCCAGCACCUGAGACCUGCUGGGGCCAGGCUAGGGCAAGCCCUACCAGUUGCAGGCUGCCCCUGAGCCCCUGCUGCCUGCCUGGACUUGUCCCCAGCUAUGUCCCACCUCUGGUGGCCUCUGUCCUCCACCUGAAGGGCACCCUCAGAGUUUGGCGAAGGGAUCUUCUUCUAGCAUUCCUUCCCUGUGACUCUCCAAACUGCUUUUUGUAGCUUACUCUGGUUCAAGUUCACUAGACUCUACAAAAUAAAAAACUGGCAAACCACGA